GUGAACAGAGCUAGAGGAAGGAAGCGAAGAGGGAAGAGUAUAGAGGAUGGAGGAUGGGGUUAGGGUUUCCACACCAGGCCCACCCCUCGAAUUCUGCUCACUCUCCCUUGUGUUUGUGUUUUCUGCAUAGCUGCCCUCUCCUCGCUGUGCGAAUUGUGCUCAAAGGCCACGUUGCUCCUGUCUGUGCACCUUGAGCUCGAGCAAUGCGGAUGCCACAUGAGAUCAUGUGACGAGAUGAGCACUUUGUAGGUGUGAGGUUGUGUGCCCGUGGCUGUUUCAGGGAUCCGGCAUGGAGACGAGGAUGACGCGCCUCGUUGUUUUCGCUUUCGCAAUUGCGUUUGGAGCUUGGAGUUUGGGAGGUGUGGAUGCGUAUUACGGGUACGGACUGGAAGCUGCCAUUUCUAAAGCAAGUGUUGAUCCUUUGGCGGAGAAUGACACAUUUACCAGCUUGACUCCCUACCUUUUGCGUCUUCUUUCGCACCCUGUGAAUUUCGAUGUCGAUAAGAAGAAGGAGGAGCUUUUGGCUUUAGAGUCCACAACUUUGUUGAGAGUGAAGCUGGUAGGUUUUAGCGAGGACCAUCGCAGGCUCUCGCUGUUGCAGACGCAGCUGUCGAAAUACAUUGAUACUUUGAAUCCAGACGUUCAUGCCAACGUCAUCGGUCAUGAGCCGCAUCGUAUGAUGUCUAAGAUUCGUAUUUCUCUGGAAGUUGAGAAAAUUCAAGGUGAUCUUGGGGAGAAGAUUCAUGAUGCUCUACAUCAAGAAAUAAGCAAGAGUAAGGUGUUGAGGACUGCUUGGCAGCAUCAUGAAGUGCGUUACGAAGUUGUCGACGACAUUAUACGAGCGCAGUUGGAAGAUCCACUCCCAUCUUAUACAAUUUUUCUUCUGAACCUAAAGCCUCAAACAAGAGGAAAAUACGCUUAUAUUUACGGCGAUGCGAGUGAUUCAAAUCACCAAACAAGAUGUCUGGGGACUUUAUGGACUGGAAAAAAGCGCUACAUUUGGGUGGAUCUUGCUGCUGGUCCUGUCGAAUAUGGUCCCGCCUCUUCUGGAGAAGGUUACGUAAAAGGGGAGAUGCUUCCAUUAGCUUCUUCGUAUGGGUUGGGCCGUGAAAAUGCGUUUGCAGCGGAUUUAGCUUCUCUUGUGUGGAGUGCUGCGCAAAUGCUGUUAGCUCCAUCAGUGCGUAUCCCAGUGACUUUUGAAGAGAAUUUGGAGGUGCAUUUUGUGCACAUCAAAGGGGGUGUUGUUGAGCCUGAUCCGCAUGGGCUCAAUUUUAAGGAAAUUGAAGCUCAUUUUUUAGAAGAUCGAGCUCUGCUGUUCUCUCAACAGAAGCUAAAGUUCAAGUACGCGUCAGUCAAGCUUUUGGAGUGUUCUGAGUGUUCGGCAGCGUUCUCUCGCUCAAUUCGAACCUACACAUCACGUAUCCACCUUGAGAGUUAUGGUCUCUUCCUGGACGAGUAUCUUGAUUCGAAAGAACUCCAUCAAUUUCUAUCAGAAUUUGGAGAGAAGUUGGCGCAGGAGGGUGGUUUGGAACGACCAGCUGACGGAAUGACCAGAGUUAUCCCUGUGUAUGUUUGGGAUUUGGAUGCGGAGAGGCAGUUGCUCUUGGACCGCUUUCAUCAAGUCAUGCCUUUCCGCGAUAUGGUAAUCGCUGUUAGAACUAUAGUGUCACAAGCGGUGGUUGAAUACAGCUGUAAUGGGCGACAACUGCUGACAUCAACACGUAAUCUAGAAAGACCGAUAACUGGUGCUCUUCUCCAAAGUCUCUUUGGAGUGGCUCCCACCCACGUCACUUGGAGUUCUCAGCACAACAGCACAUUGGUGGACUACCGAUGGGGCAUUGGUCAUACUCCUUUUGGCCCAUUUUCAGAGGGUUCUAGUCUGUCUUUUUCUCAACGAGAUGCAGCUCGCAGGAAUACAAUCCUCACCAUGCUCAAUGCCACUAUGUCAAAUGUCCUGCACACCCUGGAGUCUAUCAAAAAUUACGGUGGAGAGAAGGAGCUCCUGGGAAUGAAACACCAUAUGGAGUAUACCCAAAGGUGGAAUUUAUUUGUGUAUAAACUCAACAAGGUCAUGACUGCGCUAUCCCACUUUGAGUUUGACACUGCCCUGUAUUUCUUGAAGUCAUCGGAGCAUGAUAUUUAUGCCAUUCAUGCAUUCGCUUUCCAGGGAUCGUCAGAGUUAGAAGCUUCCUUGAAAUGCUUCGAGGAUCCUCCGUUCCCUUGGUUUUCUCUCUGUUUUGGGAUAGUUCUUAUAGUCCUCUUAGUGUAUGCUUGGAACAAACGGGACAAAUUUCUUGUGAAUAAGAAAAAACGUUUUUAGUAGUAAAGUUCUUUCAUCUCAUUGCUUUAGCAUGCCUGUUUUCACAGCACGUCUGAGCUACAGCCGUGUAUUUACAUGAGAUUCCGGUUGCAUCUUAUGGAAUCGUAGUGAUGAAAAAUGGAACCAGAUUCAUUUCUUA